UGUGUGUGCGUGUGUGUGUGGUGCUCGUGCACGCGAGCUCAGGUCGCGCGCCCAAAGUGUCUACCGCUCUCUCAGCGUCGCCCAAACUCGCAGCUGAUUUUUCUCCAGCCCAUCAUUUCAAAAACUGUCACUACGAGUCUUGUUUGUUGUUCUCGCGUGUAAAAGCAGCAAGACUUCAAUAGCACCGAGUGGACUCACCGGAAUUCGAACACACUUGCAGGAUGUGUGGCACAGAUAUUGACCUGGAUGAUGGAGGCUCAGUCGAGGAAGAGAAGGAGGAAGAGUUGUGGCUGGGCGAACGAGUGAAGAUGCUGCCCCCCCCUGUGGCCCGUAGCGGGGGUUCGGCUUGGGGUACCCGCAGGAGCAGCGCGGGCUGCGUUGUCUGCGGAGCAGCUCUGGUCCUUUGGAACUUGUGUGUGCUCCUGGCUGGUGCUCUGCUCCUGAUGCUGGUCUUCUCCUUGGUGCUGCUGCCAGCAGUGGUGCUGCUCUACGCUGGAUUCCUGUGCCAUUCCAGAAUCCUGGACGGCUCGUCGGCCAUCUGCAAUUACCUGGACGACAACAGCUGCUCGGCCCUCAUCAUCCUGGGAUUUGUGAUGAUGUCGCCGCUUGUGGUGGUGGCGGCGGCGGUCUUCUGCGGCCUGCUGCGAAGGUUUCGACUACUGCUUCUCAUUCAGCCAAUCAGUCGCGCACGGUACACAGGGAGGCUGAUGGACUGGGUGGGCAGCGUCCACGCCUGGGUCUGAUUGCUGCAUUAAGGUGGUGACUAAAAGGCAUGCCAUGCUGAGUCACCGGUAGCUUUUUCUUACCUCAUAUAAUGCCGAGAGCAGUGUUUGCCAGUGAGCCAAGGCAUAUUCUUUACAGUAGAAAAACCUCACGACACACCACUGAAUAAUAUAAUAUAUCAUGGGGUUCCUUGACAUAGCUUACAUAAAAUGGGCAAUUCGUUUUUAAAUAAUGACAAUAGCACUCUAUAAUAAUUUGAUAAAAUCAUACAGUAUUGGCAUAAUUAAAUAUAAAGUGAAGAAUUAAACACUGUGGAUCAUGAUGCAGAAACAAACGAAGAAGACCUUCACGUUUGCUGUAAUUAAUUCAGUAAGCUGCGGUAAUAUUGAUCUGUUUGUUUUUUUGCAGAGUAUAUAGAAGGUAGUUUUGUAUUGUUGUGGUGUCUGGCUACAUGUGUUGCUGCACCGCUUGUGUUCAAAUAGUCAAAUUGUCCGAUGCAUUAUAUCACCGCCACAUGGAUGCCGUUUGUUAAUCUGUCAAUGUCUUUUCAUAUUAUGGUAGCAUUAAGAUAGCAGACUUUAAGGUGAAGUUAUGUUUGUCAUUAAACAAAAAAAUUAGUCCAUCUCAAAAAAUUCUUAGGGUCUAGUCAUUCUUAUGUGAAGACACCACUGAAAACCCAAAUAAUAAUAAUGUCUCGGUGUACUUGCACAUUUAUUUACUCUGUGUGAAAUGUAGGCCUGUUUAAUUGAACAUAAAGCUAUUAUUCUGUUAUUCUGUAUUCUCAGCAAAAACUCGGCUGCGAUGAAGUAUAAUACUUCCGGUUUUGUUCUUUCAAAUUUAGUCUCAAAUGAAUUAAGUGUGUCUCCCUCUAUUGGUCGAACGUGGAAUUACAGUGCACACAAUACAGCUUCGCUUUCGAUCAAAAUAGUUUUGCUAACUGUACAAAAGAAUUCCGUGUACCUGGAGCCAGCGAUGGAAGGAUAUUUACUGAAUUGUGUCCAAGGUGGAUUUCUGUAAAGCCUUUUUUUUUUCCCUGUAUAAAUGCACUUAAUGUAGCUUUUCUGGCAGUCAUGUCUUGUACUCUACGAGGGAGGCUGUGAUUAUCAUGGUGUAAAACAAUGAUUAGAAAACAAAAGUGUGCAGUAUGAUUGUAUAAUGACUGUUUAAUGGGUGCCAAGUGUUGAAGUAGAAUUUGAUCACCAGAUUGUCUUGGCUCAUUCUGCUGUUAAGUGAUUUGCUUCAUGUAUGCAUUACUUCAAUUUUGCUGUACAGAUACAGUAAAAUACGUGAUGAGUGUAAACUGUACUCUGUAUAUUAGUACCAGGAAAGGAAAAUAUUGUUUUUGCCGUCUUGCUUGUGCCAAACAACACAAAUACAUUUCGUCAUAUUGAGUACAGGUACUCCCAUCAAUAACAAUAGACUCCACAGUAUUUCUUUUGUGGUGUGACCUUUUCCCUAUAAAAAAAAAAAAAAAAAAAUGCUUUUACUGAUUUGAUUCUAUUGAGUAAUUGCUUAACAUUCAUGUGAGACAAUACACAUACGAAAAGGUCCGAUUAGAAGACAAAGCGAGCCAAUAUAUUUUCAUUACGCUAAUCGAUGUUAACAAUAUACAAGCAUGGAAAGAGGUUAGUCAACUGGUGAAACGGUUGAGGUCUAUUGUGUUGAUGCUUAGGGGCCCUUUAAUCAAUUGGGCAUAUUGACAAAUACAUCAUUGGUACAGAUUACAGCAUUGUACGGGUACCGUGUGUAUUAUUAGCAUCAGAAUAUGGCUGACAUGUUCAAUAAAGAACUUUAUUGUUGAUCAAAAUGAUUUUGUUUUCAAAUAUUAAGAGAUCGUUAGAGAUAAAAAUUGUUUAUAUUCAUCUACUUCAUCAGGUACACCUCAAUCAAAUAAGAUCCUAUCCAAAAGCUGUAUCGAUAAUAACAGUAACAAAUUAUUUGUACUCUUCUCAGACUACAAUACUGUGUAUUUUUCACCAUUUCAGCCAAAGCAGUAGACAAAAGCAAAACUUCUCCACAGUCAAACUAGUUUAGUACUGGGCACCGCUGAAUAUAAAGCUCGCCUUUAAAUAAAACACUGACAAUUUAGCAGCCCACACAUUUUGACGAGAACAAUGUUCCACUUUGAAGUGAUUGAGGUAAUGGAUGCUUCUGUAUGCCCAAAGUGUGUCAAGUGCGCACGUUAAUAUCAGGCCGGAAAGAUGGCCAACGUGUCACAGCCGCACUGAGUCAAUAGAAUAAUUCCAUUUGAAGAGCAACGCUCAAUGCGGAUUGAAUAAUUGCGUUGCAUGAAACAGACUUGAUAAAUACUGUAUACGGCUUAAAGUGUCAUUGUUUCUUCACUGCCUAUGUAAGAUGUUACGAUGUAUACUGUUUUGUUCUUUCUUUUCGCAGAACUAUUCAAAAUAAUGUGUUAACAACAGCAUAUCAUCGGGCUAGGAGAGAAUUACAUGUAUCAGUGUUAUAUAAAUAGCAUACACAAAAACCAUUGUAGUUACAGAAAAAAAAUAGAUACAUUUAGUCAAAUCUGGGAGGGUCUAUUAUUUCGUUGCUCAAUUUGCAUGAUUCCUGAGAAGUUUCCAAUCUCAACCUAUUUCUGGGGAUGAGUGGCCAAGCAAAUAAAACCCUUUCAGGACUC